GACUGUCAUUGACAUUAUAUAAAAAGCCAAGAUGACAGCCUGAGAGGAUGCAGCCGUUGCUCUGACAUCCUCCCAGUAGGAUGCAGGAAAGAGGCUGACCCAACCUACCGCAGAGCAUUUCAGCCAGUUCCCCGUUCCACCCUGAUUCCACGAGCCUGGAAGAUGGAGACACUCUUGCUGAUGCUAGGAUUACUCUCAUUCCUCAUAGGACCCAGUUGUUUGACAGAGAUGUGUGGGCAUAACCCACCAGAGGUCGCCAAUGCCACAUUCAAAGCCCUCGAUUACAAGAAUGGCACCAUCCUCAACUGUGAAUGCAAGAGAGGUUUCCGAAGAACAAAGGAGUUGGUCUAUAUGGCGUGUUCAGAGAACUCCUGGAGCAGCAGCUGCCAAUGUACAAGCAACUCCCAUAGCAACUUAAGAAAGCAAGUUACACCUAAACCUGAAGACCAGAAAGAGCGACCAACCACAGAAAUGCAGAAAUCAACACCAUCUGUGCACCAAGGGAACCUUCCAGGUCACUGCGGGGAGCCCCCUCCAUGGGAACAUGAAGAUAGCAAGAGAAUCUAUCAUUUCGUGGUAGGACAGACAGUUCACUAUGAGUGUAUUCAAGGAUACAAGGCCCUACAGACAGGUUCCGCCACAAGCAUCUGCAAAAUGAUCUGUGGGAAGAAGGGGUGGACUCAGCCCCAGCUCACAUGUGUACAUGAAAGAGAAUACCAUCCGUUUCCAGCCAGUGAAGAAUCUCAAGGAAGCAGAGAUCCUUUUCCUGAGAGUGAGAGUGAGACUUCCUGUCCCAUCACCACCACAGACUUCCAACUGCUGACAGAAGCCCCUGCAACUAUGGAGACAUUCAUACUCACAACGGAGUAUCAGAUAGCAGUGGCCAGCUGCGCCUUCCUGCUCAUCAGCAUCCUUCUUCUGAGUGGGCUCACCUGGCAACGCAGAUGGAAGAAGAGUAGAAGAGGCAUCUAGAAAACUCGAAGAAGUCGGAGGCCAAGAGAAGCUGAUGAGGAUCAUGAAGCUCAAGCAAAAUCAAAGAAGACAAACACUCACUCAACAGGUGUCUCCUGUUGAUCCCUUGGGUUCUGGAAAAUUCUGAAGUCACAGGACAUAACAGCAUGUCCAUCACUAACCUGGACUUUGCCACUGAAGAGUGGGAUCUAACUAACCAUUUCUAAAGUCUUUAAUGGGAGAGAGGGCCCAACAGCACUCUGUGUGUUUUGGUUUUGUGUAUAUAUGUUGAUGGAAGCUAGAGUGCAUGGAUACUUUUCAUGCCAUACAUAAUAUAGAAAAAGUAGCUUUAGGUGACUUCACUGUAACUUCCCAGUUUGGAAAGCCUAGCACUAAUGUAAAUACUCCUCAGUCCUUCUCCAUCCUCCUUCCUCCUUCUCCCUUGCACCCCCUUUCUGCUCUCACAAACUCAUCCUAGCCAAAUGGCUCCUUUACCAGCCUCUGCUUGCCUGACUGGUUCUUCUGAUUUCAUCAUUUACUGAUCAGCCUUUAAAACUCUGGGCUGGUGACUAGGACUCCAUAUAUUCUUAUCUCAAUUCUAGAAAGGAACCCCCUUUCUGCUGAAGCUUCACUUUUGAAUUUCUAAAGAGCAGAAACUAUGGCAGAACAAUUUUUGAAUAAUAUCAAACCAAAGUAGCCAAGUUGUAGAGAACUGUGGAGCUUCAAUAUUUGGAAGCCUGUGUCUAGGAUCAAUGUCAGGAGCAGCAGGCUAGGUCCCAGAACAUGAAUUAUACUUAUCAAAUGCUUUACUAAUAGGCCACUGGUUUCUUUACUCUAAAUUUGGCCUGAACUAUUGAUGCUUACAAGUGGACACACAAGGUACAGACAUGUACCUGGUACAGAUCAUGAAAACACUGAAAAGAAAGGAAUAAUUCCAAUGUUUAUGAAGGGAGGAAAUAACAGAGCAGAGGAGGUGAUUAUACUAAAGAUUAACUAUAGACUGGAUAUUCUAGCCGUCCUCAAAUAAUUCCCCUCCAAAAAUCUCCCAAUCCAGGGUUACCAGUAAGUCUUAGGAAACAGACUGUGGGGCCAGCCCAGUCUCUGAGUCAGUAAAUGUGGACUUUGGAAUUCUCACAAGUUCCUGGGUAAUGCCUUAAUACUGAUCUCUAGACCACACUUUGUGAACCACCGGGCUAUCCCUGUGUGCUCUCACCUCCUACUGCUACCAAAAGCAACUAGGUUCUGGUUCCCACGCCCUCAAGAACAUUCUUGUUCAGUCUCUUGCAUAAGAUUUCCUCUCAAAUGAGUUGAGUCAGAUGUUCAAAUUUAACAGGGGGAUUCACAAGAAGCUUAAACUAUCAGUUUUCAUUUCUGGCUGGAAAAUGUUAUGGAAAAUCAAAGGUCAGACAGAGCCUUUUUUGGUCUUUUAUGUGACCAAGUGUAAACCAGACUUUUCCUAUCUAUGGUCUUCUCCCUUUUCCAAAAGAUACCUUUUUGGGUAAAAGAAAUGUUAAGUAGAAUCUCAAAUCACUAAUUUUAGAAAAGAAAAAAAUGUUAAAAAUCUUUCUAAAGAGCUGUGGUUAGUGAUACAGACUUGUAAGCCCAGCACUCAGAAGACUGAGGCAGGAGGAUCACAGCAAGUGUGAAGUCAGCUUGACCAACAGAGCAAAACCCUGCCUCGACCCCCACCCUUACCAUAAAAACAAUCUUACAUGCAUAAAAUUAAAAUUGCAAUGUAUACCUGUUUACCACAUGUAUGCCUGGGGCCCAGGGAGGCCAGAAGAAGAUGUUGGAUUCCCUGCAACAGCUGGUUGUGAGUUGUCAUGUAGGUUCUGGGAAUUGAACCCCUGUCCUCUGAAAGAGGGGCCAGUGCUCUUAACGACUGAGCCAUCUCUCCAGUCCACUCAAUUGAAUUGUGUCAUCAUUACUUAUUAUGGGAGAUGGGGAUAUGAUCACAAAAUUUUUUCUUGAUAAUACUAAGAUACUGUUUAACUAGUUUACUCUCCUUCACAAGUGUAUGGUGGAAAUUCCUAGAAGCUGCAUGUGUAAUGUUGUCGUCAUUCUGGUGUUACAAUGGAUUUAUCUUAUUGUUUAUAAAAUAAUAAAUGAUAUUUU